AUGACAACCGACUUGUUUUUUGGUUCUGAUCAAAUUUUGGUACCAAAAAUCUAUAGUUUAGUCUUGGCAAUCAAAAUAACUAGAUCAAAAAUGAUCACAAUUAGAGGUCAAAUUUCAGCUUUGCUGCAUAGAAAUUUUAUAUUACAAUUCAGACAGAUCAAAACAAAUGUAGCACAGUUGGUUUUUCCAAUUCUUUUGAUGAUCGUUCUAAUUACGAUGAAUAAUGCAUUGAAGAAAGCAAUGGAACAAAAUGGAAACAACGGUGAUAAUCAACAGUACAACGUCUACAAGAGUACCUAUAACUUUGAUCAAUCAACCGGUACCUACUAUUGGUUCAAGAAUCCACCUGCUGGCUGGGAUGCUGCCGGUAUCAAUAAUAUUUCUCAACCGAAUACCACUCUACUCGGUAAUUUAAAGGGAGGUAUCUAUACUCUCUACAACUCCACCGGGUACAUCAAUAUUCCGGUUCCAGUGUUCAAGGAGAUAACCAAUGGAUCGAUCGAUGAAGCAAUGUACGAUUACUUUUACAAUACAGUGCUUCCCGAUUUCCCAAAGUAUGCAUACAAUUUCGAUAAUUUUUCAUACAUCAUUCCAUCGUAUGGUAUUACAUUCAACGAACUCUCACUCUCCCAAAAGAUCUUGAACUACUCCAUCGAGAACUUCUAUACCGCAAUGAACAAUGGUCCAUACUCUUACAAUUUCGUAAGAAGUUAUUGGGAUUCAAGUGAUGGUGAUUUCAUAUCGAUGUUAAACAAUGCAUUUAUUAAAAUGACAUUGGGACAAAACUAUUAUAUAAAUGGAGAUCUCACAUAUUUUGAUGUAUAUGUCAAUUUCAAUAUUGAUACAUUAUCAUAUAUGAUGGGAUUGUUCUUCUUACCGAUUGUCUUUACAUUUAUCUUCCCAGUAUUCGUAUUCAAUUUGGUUCAAGAGAAAGAGAAGAAGCUGUUCCAAGUUAUGAGUAUGAUGGGUUUGAAGAAUAUUACCUAUAUUCUUUCCAACUACCUAUUCUUUAUCAUUCUAUACCUUAUCAUUGCCACUGUAAUGAUUAUCAUGGGCUGUGCAGGAUCACUUCCAUACUUCUUGAAAGAACCAUUCAGAAUUAUCUUAUUGAUUGUUGUCUAUGGAUUUUCAUUGGUAUCAUUGGCAUUCCUCUUUAGUGCAUUCUUUUGGAAGUCGAAAACAUCUGCAAUUAUUUCUUAUAUUUUUGUUUUGGUUGCACCAUCUAUUGGUUCAAAUUUAGAUAUGUUUGUAUUUAGAUUAAAACCAGUCGCACUUCCAUAUCUAUGGGUACCACAAUUCGCAUUUUCACAUGGACUCUAUGUUGUCUUUAUUGCCUUGAGUACUUCCGAUGGUUCUUACGACUACAUGAUGUCAUUAAGUAACUAUUCAGAGUAUGGUAAAGUCGUAGUUACUCUGGUAAUGGAAGCAAUUGUAUUUUUCUUGCUCGGAGUUUACUUUAACAAUGUUAUUCCAAAGGAAUUCGGUGUUACAUUAUCACCAUUCUAUCCAAUUCAAGAAUUGAUUAAACUUUUCAAAAAGAAAGAUGAACAUGGUGAAACUACUAAACUCUUAGAAGAGACAUCAUUACUUGUAAAUGAUACUGAUGAUAUUAUUGAAGAAGAUCAAGAUUGUGCAAAUGAAAGAACCAAAGCAAAUUCAAAUCAAAAGUUCUUGUUGAAAGCAAUCAAUAUCAAAAAGACUUACAAGACAAAGGGUGUCGUGAAAGAAGCACUCGUUAACUUUUGUUUGACAUCUGGUGAAGGUGAGAUUCUUGGAUUGCUCGGACCAAACGGUGCUGGUAAGACAACAUUCAUUCAUAUCAUUGGUGGUAUGUAUAAACCAACGAGUGGUGAUGCUUUCAUCAAUGGUCUAUCGAUUAGAAAUGAAAUGCACGACAUCUACAAUUUCCUUGGAUUCUGUCCACAACACGAUAUUCUCUAUGAUGACUUGACCAUUCAACAACACUUGGAGUUCUACUCGAAACUGAAAGGUCUGUACGAUUCACACGAACAGAUUCUCCAACAUAUCGACUACGUGUUGGCAAAGGUCAAGCUUGAAGAGCAUAGAUUCAAGAGAAUCACCGAGUUGUCUGGUGGUAUGAAACGUCGUGUCUCGAUCUCAAUUGCAUUGCUUGGAAACAACAAAUUGAUUCUCCUCGACGAACCAUCAACAGGUCUCGAUCCAGAUGCACGUAGAAGUGUAUGGGAUAUCAUUCAAGAUAUUAGACAUGAUAAAACUAUUUUAAUUACAACACAUAAUAUGGAAGAAGCAGAUGUAUUGUCCAAUAAGAUUGCCAUUAUUGCAUCAGGUAGAUUGCAAUGUGUUGGAUCACCAAUCUAUUUGAAGAAUAGAUACGGUAAUGGAUUCAAACUGCAAAUCGUUCCAUUGAAUGAAGGUUUCCGCUCGUCACUCAUCAAAUUCGUACUUGACAACUACCCAAUGGCAAUGCAACAAGAAUCAGUCAGUGAUGAAUUGAUAUUCUUGAUUCCAAAAGACUCUGAUAUCAGUACAAUCUUUGAUAUUAUCUCUAAGAACAAACAUGAACUCGGUAUCAAAGAAUGGGGUGUCAGUCAAACCAGUCUUGAAGAUAUCUUUAUGAAGAUGGUUGAACGUGAAGAAGCAACCAGUACACAUCAAUAA